AUGAUCUCCGCCCUCCAUGCUCCUUCUACAUCCACUGACCAGAAUAUAGCGCCGACUACAAAUGACAGCAAAGACAAAGGCAAAGCCAAGGCCAAGGCGAUAGUAGAUGACAAAGGAGAUGAGCUUUUCUACCGAACGUUCAGGAAUGAACAGGAUGAUCUACCUGGGAUGAUGAGUUUGGUAGAACAGGAGCUGUCUGAACCGUAUAAUGUCUAUACGUUUAGGUACUUCUUGAUCGAAUGGCCACACCUUGCUUUUCUCGUCUUCCCUUCAUCCAGUUUGACCAACCCGAUAGCUACGAUAAUCUGUAAACAGGAUGUUCAUCGUGGAAAGACGAAUAGGGGGUACAUAGCGAUGUUGAGUGUGGACAGAUCUUGGAGGAGGAGGGGUAUAGCAAGUAAAUUAGUCAACCUGGCUAUCGAAGAAAUGGCACGUAGAGGUGCUCAUGAGGUAGUUCUAGAAACAGAAUACGAUAAUGCGCCUUCCCUCUCAUUAUACGAUAGAUUAGGUUUCUUGAGGGAAAAGAGGUUACAUAGGUUUUACUCGAAUCAUAAAGAUGCAUUUCGCUUAAUCCUACCUCUCGAGACUGACCCACCUCCACCACCAGAGACAGAGGAAGAAGCAGAUCAAGCUAGAUGGGCUGUAGGUGCUGGGUCUGAUACAGGUCUGGGUUCAAUACCCGAAGAAGGACAUGGAGAACCUCAGAGGUAUUUCACUGAAAUGGACGGCGACGUGGCGAUGCGGACACCGAAACCCCCACCGAAGGAGGUAAGUGAUUGGGGGAUGUAUAUAUGA